AUGCUUCACUCGACCACUUUGGCAAGUCUUUUGCUCGUCGCAGAUCUCAUCUCUGCAGCUUCUCAUCCUCAAGAUCCUCCCACCGUCCAUCUCUCCUCGGGCACAAUCCUAGGAAACACAUGCAAACACACUCCAGUAAAACAAUUCCACGGCAUCCCAUACGCCCAUCCACCCGUCGGUCCUCGAAGGUUUAUGCCCCCAGAACUGUUACGACUGUCGAUACCCAAACGGACACCCAGACGCGACAAAGCCACCACCCGCAUGUAUCCAAUGGGGAUCCGCCUUCGACGUGACAGACGCUCCCCCUAUCAGAAGACUGCGUCUAAAUCAUCUCUCCCCGUCAAAGUCUUCGCCUACGGUGGCGGCAACGACGGAGGAGCCAUCACGUACCCCCUCUACCACUCAUGCAACCUCGCCAUCGUAGCCAAAUUCAACUACCGACUAGGUCCCCUCGGCUUCCUAGCACUACCAGAUGCCGGCAUCAGAGGCAACAUGGCCAUCCAGGACUAUCUUGCAGCCCUCACCUGGGUGAAACACAACAUCAGAGCCUUUGGAGGUGACUCGACCAAAGUGAUGCUCUUCGGCCAAAGUGCCGAUGCGGAUGAUACCUUUGUAGUCUCAACACUCCCAGAGGCAAAGCAUCUAAUCUCUGCUGCGUCCAAGUCUGUCAAAGACCUUGUCAGGGCUCAUUCCCACACGCCAGCCCUCCUCGAUCCAACCACCAACGGCGGCCUCUUCGCCACCGUCUUGGGCAUCGACCUUCCCAACAUCACAUCUCUCGACUCCUCGGGCCUCGACGACGAAAUCAUCAAGCACCAGCCUCUAUCAGUCGGUUCUCAAGUGCCCAUCAUCAUCGGUCAAACACCCUCCUCACCCUCCCCGUCUACUUCUCCUGCUCAUCCAACGUCCUCACCGAAGCCAACUACACACCCUUCCUCUUCCAUCUCCAAAGCCUACCCCCUCUCCCUCUUCAACACCACAGCCUCCACCUCCUUCGCCGCCAUCACCCACAUCGCCACCGUCUCCGGCUUCAACUGUCCCGCCUACAAAGCCCUCCGUGCCGCCAAAGCCCCGGCCUACGCCUACCGCUUCAACCGCACCCUCUCCUGCCCCUGGCUCGACCAAGACGGCCAGCCUUUCCCCUCGGCAGACCUCGCCCCGUUCUUUGGAAGCACGCACACGGCCGAAGUGCCCUUUGUCUUUGGGAACAUGGACAACCAGCCUUUUAGCACUGGUUCGUGCAAUGCCUCGAAGCAAGAUCGCAGUAUAAGCGCUUCGAUGGUUGCGGCGUGGACGGCGUUGGCCGAACGAGGGAAUCCGGAGACGAAGAGCGUGGGAUGGCCUCGUUUUGAUGCUCAUUCGAAGCGAGGGGUGUACAUUCAGGACAGCAUUGCACCGGCCGAGUUGGAUUUUACAGAGUGCGAGUUUUGGGAUCAGAUUUGGGCGGAGAUGGGUGGUGUCGAAUUUGGCCCGGCAGCGUCAUCUUUCGAAGAUUGUUCGUAG